UCGCCUCACGCAGUUGUUUCUGGCUCGCGUUCGCACGAGUCGCGUCUGGUCCAUCUCUCCGAAGUCCGCAUGUAGUCCCGGACGGAUUAAGCCCUUCCCGGUCAAAAUCAUGAAUGGUGAGUCGUUGAGCAAGUGCCACGAAGGUGUCCCGCGUGACCACGUCCCAACUCUCUGUUCGAUCGCGCCGUGAGAAAGUGUCAUUCCAGAGUGUGUUGAAAAUCUGUGAUAAACAUGCACGUGCAUGUGUUGGGCGAAGCUGAUUGGCUAAUGACUUGGCCAAUAACUUAUUCCGGCAACCAAUGACAGAGCGAUCCCUGCGCCCCCUGCGGUAUUUGGCGGGAAACGGGAAUUACUGUAAAAAUAAUUUCGAGCGACGAUGGCUGACACUUCGGAAAGAGCUCUCGUUAAGAAGAGUUUGUCAAAGAAAUACUUGUGAGCCUCAGCUCUUCAUUUUUUUUUCUUUUACACUUUUUUCUCUGCUUUUGUAAGUGACAAAGAUAUACGUAUAUAUAAAGGUGGUGAGAGGGAAGGGUAGUCAGUGCGAUGGAAGGGGACGGCGAAAGAACACCUCCUUCGACUUUUAUGGAAGUUGACCAUAAUCAAGAUGAUGGAUUCUCGUCGAGUCUUAGCAGUUGCUCAGGUUCCAUUCGCUCGUUUUAGCAAGUGUUGCUGCUAUAACUCGAGAUCUGAGCAAUCAUGUCCAAAUAACGGGAUCAAUGUUGCUUCAAGUGCAAUCUUUCAAUUAAGGUUUAGUCAAUGAAUUUUUGGCUUUCGACAUUUUCAUCCUAGACUGCAAACGUGGAAACGAGAAGCACUGAGCGUGUUUCUUAGAAAUGCAGAGGUAACAAACGAAUCAAGAGACCUGAACCUUUCCGAGAAAACCAGAGACAGCGAAAGUAUCUCAUAUUUUUUUUGACGUCCAAUCCUCUGUCCUAACCAGGAACCUGAUUUGUCCACUGACCACAAUGGACACUGGGCUCACCUGAAACGUUUAUUUAGAAGAAAUAAGACUUGACUGGGCUUGACACUUCUUACAAAAAAGCCCCUUUGAAGAAAGUCUGCAGGGAGACUAUGGCCCCGAAGUUUUUAAUGUAUUACCUGCUUCUGAGUCUUCUCUUCUGCGACCUCGUCAGCGCCUUCUGGUGGUCUUUUGGAAGCCGAGCUGUGAUGGACUAUAACAGGAUCUGCAGGAAGCGAGGCCGAAAGAAAUCGAAGGAUCCCCUAAGCUUCCUGUGUAGAAAGGAACCCACAACGGUAAACCUCAUCCUGACGGGGACGCAACAGGCCAUGAGGGAGUGUCAGUACCAGUUCAGGCACCACAGGUGGAAUUGUACAGAUAACAGGAGGUCUCUGAGGAGAAUUUUCAGCCGAGAGACCCCAGAAGCAGCAUUCCUGAACAGCAUCAUGUCUGCUUCGGUGACCUACGAGAUUACCUCUGCCUGCUCUCGAGGCGAUCUUCUGGAAUGCUCCUGCAGCAAAAAUGCCUACGAGACAAAUGCUCUCGAUUCUAAUAUACCAAAACCCAAAAAUGAAAAGAAGAGAAGAAAAGGGUCGAAGGCCGUGUCUGCUCACCCGUCUGGAAAUGGCGUCUCGAGCGACCUGGCCGACAAAAAGGCUCGCAGAAAGAGCAAGAAGAGACAAGGGAGAAAAGGAAGAAGAAAACUCUCGAAAGCCGAGAGGCGCCGGAGACUCAACAGCAUCCAGGAGCGCAACCAGAGGCUCUCGAAUGCUCUUCCCAAUUCCAUGCCCAACCCUGAAGAAGUCACUCCGGGAGGCGAGCGCCUCACCAUCAUCCAACCCGUAGUCGAUAUAGGCGGCGCCCCGGUCAUAGCUGGCGUCCCUGAACCCGUGGGGGUCAUCGGCAAAGACUGGCACUGGAGUGGGUGUGACGACAAUGUGGGUUUUGGCUAUAGGGUGGCCAGAGACCUCCUAGAAGAGAAGUUCCUCAGGGGUCAAGAGAGUCAGGAUAUCAAGAGCAUUGUUAUGCUACGGAAUAACGAGGCUGGUAGGCUGGCAGUGCGGAACCACCUGCGCCCUCACUGCAAGUGCCAUGGGCUAUCGGGCUCCUGCUCCCAUAGAACCUGCUGGAAGAGGAUGCCUUCCCGCAGGAACAUAGGACUGCGUCUGAAGGAGAAAUAUAACACAGCUAUUAAGGUAAUUCCCAGCAACGACGCAGUGACGGCUAUCGAAACCAACAGGAGACCCGACGAGGAAGACCUCGUUUACCUCGACGACUCUCCGGACUUCUGCAAGUUCAACAGAAGGACGGGGUCUUUGGGCACUAAAGACAGGAAGUGCAACGCCACCUCAGAGGGCUACGACGGCUGCGAAUCGCUGUGCUGUGGAAGGCCCUAUCACUCUCAAAUUAAGAUGGAGACGGAGAACUGCCACUGCCGUUUCACCUUCUGCUGCGAAGUUACUUGCCAAAAGUGUAAAGUAAGACGCGAAUAUUCUUAUUGUACGUAAUAAGUACAGAGAUGACGUACGCAGGUAUGAGGGCUGCUGGUGUUCUAAGCUGAUUCUUCUUCCAUUCCUUUCGUCGCUUCCAAGUUAUUCAGUCUGUUUUCAGAAACAAGAGCCGGUGCUCCUAGUGACACAUCAACGAUAAAGCAUUUGCCCUGCAAGCAAUUCGCUUGAGGAAAUGGUGCUCAAGUGCAGCGAUCUAACUGAGCUUAAUUAUGAGUGUUUUUUGCUAUUGCACACUUCCUUGGCUAACUUGAGGACAAUAAAUGUCGGGUAAAAGUGUGUGCGCCUGUGGUUUUUUUUUUCUUUUUUUUUUUCUGGCAAAGAAUGGAUGUUCUGACAGACCAUAAAAUGAUUUUCAGAGUGCAAUGCUUGUUCAAGUGAGAUCAGUGACUUUGAAUGUAUAAACAAAACUAUUGUGAAGACUUGAUAAAAGGUUUUAUAAACAGAAGAAAAAGUUUAGGUCAAAACUGUUCAUAUUAAAACCGAGCGGGCAAAGAUGCCCGAAAGCAGUACAGAAAACGGGAUGGACAUUGGGUAAGCUUCAUAAUCUGGUGAUCCUUUGAAAUGAAUGUCUUCUUAUAUGUGAUAAAUCAAUCUAUCAAUACUUAUAUUGCAAGAAGUGCCGUUAUGAAUGUUCAUUAUCCUUAAGCAUACUAUAUUAUAAAUUAUGGUAGAAGUAGAUUCAAAGCUUCGUACGCUCACUGUAAAUAGCAUACAUGUUGGACCUAUCUUAAUCAAAGGAGAGUUGUCGCACUUGCUUCAUAUUAUUGUAAAUAUUGUAUUCGUAAGCGUAAGGAAGUGCCUGAUAAGAUAAUAUGCAGAGACAUGACCUCGCCGGUACUUGGUACAGAUGAUUAAACUGGAUUCUGAGGCUGGGGGACCCUUACUUUUCAAGAUGCCGGAUUGCAUCUUAAGUCUUCAACUCUGCUUGAAAGCUGUGAGUUUGUUUCCAAGCAAAAGCCUCAGAAAAUGGUGAAAUAUUCUACUACAGCGCCUUGUAACGAAUAAUCUUUUCAGGGGAAUAUUCACAGUGCGGUGCCGAGUCUGAAGAAUGUGUAUUACGUAGUGUGUACUGAAUAAGGAAUAUUCACCGUGUAUUAGGGUGUAAAGUUUAGGAUCUGUGUAUUACGCAAUGGAUGUGUAAACCGCUGUACUGAAUGUAACUAAAAAAAAAGUUCUGUGAUGAUAUUUUACAGCUAAUGGCCGACAACUGUAAAUUUGACUGUCGUAAUGUGGAUUUCACAUUAAUCCCUUUUCCUGUGAUUAGAUAUUUGCCUUCAUAGUUCCUGCUCGGUUCAGAAGCAAAUAGAUUGUAUCUUACUUAUAUAGAGAACUAAGCUAUUAUUUUUAUCAGUGUUCUAGAGGCUUGUCGAUUUUUGUUCCUUCAGUAUUUGAAAGAAUUUGCAAGAAAAUCGGAAGCUCUGGAGUGUACCUGUAACUGGGGAGAUUUUACAGCGUCAAUGAAUCCAUCUUGGAAUCCCAUAUUCUGAUGUGUAAUUAAAACCGAGAAAGUUAUGUUCAGUCAGAAAAAUUAAUAACUACAAACACUGAUGCCUUAUGGCGAAUAAUUUUCAAAGCAAAGGAAUAGACGAUAUCGUACGAAGAAACUGACUUUAUUUUCGAAACAAAUAAACAGAUGUAUUUCUACGAAGAAACUGACUGUAGUUUGGACGUUGGGUUAGAUGCUGAAUGCUUUUUUUGGUAGUAAUUUAUUGAAAAUUGAUAAAUAGCCAAAUGAUGCCUUUGAUCUAUUUAUUUCUGAUAAAUUUAUA